AUGGGGACUGGUGUCCAAGAUUGGAGAAAACGUCAUCAUAAAGCGUUUGGCCUAUCGCAAAGCUUGUACGAUACAGAUCCUGAGACAAAUAAACCUGUUGGAGAACCAAAUGCUGAUGCCUUUGCAGUUGUAGCAAGAGAAAAUAAUGCAUUUCUUGCUGUUGCUGAUGGUUGUGGCUGGGGUGUGAAAUCAUUUCUAGCUGCAAGAACGGCCGUGAAGGGUUGUAUAGAAUAUCUGAGUAAACAACUUCAUAAGGCAAGCACAACACAAGAAAUUAUGGAUAUUAUGUUAAAUUCGUUCAAAUAUGCACACGAGUGUAUAGUGGAUUCCAAAGGAACUGUAACAACACUCUGUGCGGCUGUCAUAUGUAAAAUACAAGGCAUUAACUGCUAUGGAUUGUGUGUGGUAAAUGUUGGUGAUAGUCUUGCAUUUGUGUACAGAAAGGAUGGUUACGUACAAGAGGUGACUGUAGGUUCUCACAGCCCUGGGGAAAGAGAUAUGAAACAAGCGGGUGGUUGUAUAGGACCACUGGUUGGUGAUGAUCCAGACCUCGGUAAUUUAACUUGUUCAUUUACAUUUGUGGACGAAGGUGAUAUCGUGUUCUUGACUAGUGAUGGGAUUUCUGACAAUUUUGAUCCGCAAGUGUUAAAGAUUACUUCUCCAGGUGAUUUAGAUCAUCUACUAACUCCUGUGAAGCCGUCAAAAUCACAAGAGUCGUUAUUGGAUCAAGGUGAUAAAGAAGAGAAGCCAACUGACGCUCGUGUGGUUACGCAACGAAGAAGAAGUUAUUCAGCGCCAGUUGGCAGAGAAAUUGCAACUACUGCUUUGGCGAAAAAUAUGUCUUGUACAAUUAUGAAGGAGGUGAUCCAAUCAGAAAGUCCUUGUGGUGAGGAGAGCUCUGCGAAAGAACUUUGUGCUAAACUCAUGAACUUUGUUGUACAAAACACGCUAAAAAGAAGAACUUUCUUGGAACAAAAUCGAAAUUGCAAGAGAGAAGAAUUUAAUAAAAAGAAAAAAUCUAUUCCUGGUAAACUUGACCAUGCUACUGUUGUUGCGUUUGAAGUUGGUCACUUUCAACCUCAACCUUUUAAACUGACAUUUCACGAUAAACAACGUCCUCAGGAGAAGAAAAAACACUCGUUAAAUGUUGAUCAAAAUGCGAGAAAAACUACAAAGAGCACUUCAGAACAUAAUUUUGAUUACUCUGGUAAUAUGUUUUCUGCCUUAAAAGGCGUUGCUCCAUGGAGACCCUGAGAAUGUAUUGUACUAAAUUUGAUUUACGUAUGGCUCAAGAAAACAUUUCAGUGUUUAACCUGCACGCGUUGUCCACUGGAUUUUACUGUAUAUAGUGCUAUAUAUGAAACAGAGAAAUGUAGGGAAUGUAAAUUUAAUAUUUAUUCUUAAUCAAAGUUGUUGUAUUUAGUAAUUUGAGUAGGCAAACUAACCAUCACGCGUAUUUGCUAUUAUGCAAUAUUUUUAGCUUAACAUUGGUAGAUACACUUGUGGAUGUUCACUGUUUUGCCGAAGUUCGUUGGAAAUUUAGAAUAUACAAAUCUAUAAUAUAUAUGUAAAAUACUAACUCGUUCAGGAGAAGGG